AUGCAAUAUUCAGGGAGGCGUCUUUGUGAAGCAGAAGUUACACACUUCUCUCGACACUUGGCUUAUCUACACCGAGUAACAGCCCAUGCCCAACACGUUAUAAGGCUGCACUACGCAGAAUUCCUUGCGCAGAUACUUUGAAGUCCUUUCUCUCAGUGGCUGCUUUUGGCUCGUACUUCUGGCGCUAUACUUAGGACUCCGUGAGAGAACCGAAAAAGGCAAGCAUGACCGUUGUCAAGGCUUUGGCAGCCGUGGUUUUGAUGGCGGCAUAUGUUGGAGGCAUUGCAUACGAUGCAGCUGGCUGCGACUUUAGUGGAAUCGACCUGGAAGGUGCCCUGGACCAAAUUCUUGGCAAAUUGCCCCGGUACCACGCGCCAGAUCAAGGCGGAUUUCGGAGGGCUUUUGCUGGUCUGGAAACUGGCACACUGAACGUAACUGGCCUAGACAAGAUCCGGCGAUACGGACCGCUCCACUCAUACUGUGUCAACGGGACCCGGCUAAUGAGUGUGGAUGUCAUCAACGAUGGUGACGCAACCCUGUCGCUGCCGUGGAGGGCCUGCUUUGGACGAGAAGGCACGCUGAACUUGCGGACCACAUUAUCGCGGUUUACGCUCGUAUUCCGUGUCACAACUGGUGGAUCGUACAACAACGAAGUUCUCGUUGACGAAGGGCCAAUUGUCCCCGUGUUUUCCUUAGACCCACAUAUAUAUAUCAAUGGCGCCGGUCCCGAAGUAAGGAUCGCUAGCAUGACCCUGAGCAAGCUCUUGCCGGCUAUCACUGAAGGAAUGUGGAAUGACUACUUCUUCAUAUAUUUCCGCGGGGCCCUCCGUCAAGCAGUGCGCGAAGUCUCGUCUGUUUGAUAUGUUGUUUACCAUAAGUGCGUUCUCUGUCCUCGAUAAUCUUCUCUGCCUUCGGUUCAUAAGAAAUAAACUUUCUGCACUACA